AUGGCGAUCGAGGGGUCAGUGGCGUUAAUGCGAUCGCAGAUGACAUUAAAGUUGACAGAUGACGGCCCUUUCACUCUUUCCCUGUCAAGGCCGCGAGUCAACGUGAUGUUCUUGUCGACGAUGGAAACAGGCAAGUCCUGCCCGAGCAGUCGCAAUGUGAUGUUGCCGUUCUCCGUCGGAUCGCCGAUGAUGGGCAAGGUGCCUAUCACGCCGCCCACAGGGAAGUCUUCGCUCACGAAGAAUACCUCCGCGGAACGGCCGUUCUCCAAAAAGCACCUGGCGUCGGCAACUACCAUAUCCUGA